AAGAAGAAAGAGGCUCCAUUUUUCCUCUUCUGUAAUGUCAUUCUUCUUCCAAGCAAAACUCCAAAAACCAACGCAUAAGAUUAGCGUCAGAGACACACAAGCCGAUAAGAACAACUCCCUUCUUCUUCCUCUUCUUCCACAAACUCACCACUCAUUUAAAAUUAAAACGACCGUCGUUUAUUCUUCCCUCUUCCUCUCCUUCCCUCCCUCGCAUUGCGCCCUUCACCGUCACCGAGCAUACAUAAACGACGCCCUUUCCCUCUCUAUCCCCUGUCGUUUCUGCCAAUUAUUGUUAUUUUAAAAAAAAAGGAAAAUAUCUGUUGCGUUUGGCUUUGUGGAACCGUUCACACGUUUUGUUUCUUCCUUUCUCUUUCUCCAAUGGGAAACGCUAACGGCAGAGAAGACGGUGCCAUUGGCACCGCCGGCGACACCUCCGCCGCUGACUCCGCCGUACGUGGAGCUCACGCGCCCGACUCCCGACCUCCCGUUCGCGCCUUCUCCGUUCCUCUAGCUCCACUCCAAAGAGGUAAUGGCCCCCCAUUUGUCAAUCAAAUGUGGCAGAAUGAGUCUCAUGGUAUUGUUAAUCACCCUCCUGAGCAAGGAAUCCCUGUCAUGAUUACAUGGAAUUAUGGUGGUAAUAAUGUGGCUGUGGAGGGAUCUUGGGAUAACUGGACAUCUAGGAAGGCAUUGCAACGAGCUGGUAAAGAUCACUCAAUUCUUAUAGUCUUGCCAUCAGGUAUUUAUCAUUACAGGUUCAUUGUGGAUGGGGAACAGAGAUAUAUUCCAGAACUUCCUUAUGUGGCUGAUGAGAUGGGGCACGUCUGCAAUCUUCUUGAUGUUAAUGAUUAUGUGCCAGAAAACCCUGAAGGUGUGUCCGAGUUUGAGGCGCCAGCCUCCCCAGAAUCCAGUUAUGGUCAAGCGUUCCCAGCCGAGGAAGAUUUUGCAAAAGAACCAAUGGCCGUUCCUUCACAGCUGCAUCUUACUGUACUAGGUAUGGAAAACUCUGACAUAGGUUCCUCGUCAAAGCCUCAACAUGUUGUGCUAAAUCACGUCUUCAUAGAGAAAAACUUGGCCUCAAAAUCUGUUGUCGCACUGGGACUUACUCACAGGUUCCAGUCAAAAUAUGUUACAGUCGUCCUUUACAAACCCCUCAAGAGGUAAAUAUGUGACCCGGCUGUACUUUAUAAAAUCUCCUUUUUGUUUUUUGUUUUUGUUCUUUUGUAGCUUCAGUCUGUAAAGGUGAAAGGUUUGAAUAAUACUUCCAAAGGUGUUAUAUGAA